AUGACUGCAGCCGUCUCGCGUAAACUUGCGCGGCUCCGUGCACAACUUCUCGAGCCAGGCCCCGGUGCUGGCUCAGGCGGUGGCGCGGGCUUCGAUGUCUCCAAGUCCGGAGACGCUCGUAUCGCCCUGGUUGGCUUCCCGUCGGUCGGCAAAUCGACCUUCCUCUCGAAGAUCACCAAGACCAAGUCCGAAGUGGCAGCAUACUCUUUCACCACUCUCACAGCCAUCCCCGGCGUGCUUGAAUAUGGAGGCGCCGAGAUCCAAAUCCUCGACUUGCCCGGAAUCAUUGAAGGUGCCUCGGAGGGUAAAGGGAGAGGACGACAAGUCAUCAGUGCCGCAAAGACCUCCGACUUGAUCCUCAUGGUCCUCGACGCGACGAAGCGUGCGGAACAACGGGCCCUGCUCGAAGCCGAACUCGAGGCCGUCGGCAUCCGCCUCAACCGCGAGCCCCCCAACAUCUACCUCAAGGCCAAGAAAGCCGGGGGCAUGAAAAUCACGUUCCAGUCGCCGCCGAAACACCUGGACGAGAAAAUGGUCUACAACAUCCUGCGCGACUACAAGAUCCUGAACUGCGAGGUGCUGGUGCGCGACGAAAACGCCACGGUCGACGACUUCAUCGACGUCAUCAUGAAGGAUCACCGGAAGUACAUCCGUUGCCUGUACGUGUACAACAAGAUCGACAGCGUGAGCGUGGAUUACCUGGACGAGUUGGCCCGGGAGCCGCACACGGUCGUCAUGUCGUGCGAGCUGGAUCUGGGCGUGCAGGACGUGGUGGAGCGGUGUUGGCAGGAGCUGCGCCUCAUGCGCAUCUACACCAAGAGGCAGGGCGUGGAUCCGGAUUUCAGCGAGGCGCUGAUCGUCCGGAGUAACAGCUCGAUCGAGGAUGUGUGUGACCAGAUCCAUCGCACGCUCAAGGAGACGUUCAAGUAUGCGUUGGUGUGGGGUGCCAGUGCGAAGCACAUCCCGCAGAGGACCGGGCUGGGCCACGUCGUUGCCGACGAGGAUGUGGUGCAGAUCGUGAGUGCGUGGAAGGCUUGA